GCCCCUUUCGGGGUCCUCGCGAGCGGCUGUUGGUGCUCUCGUGGAGCUGCCGCUGCGCUUCCGGCAAGACGAGCAAGAUGGAGGCGGUGAGAGCUUGAGAGCGGCUCUCCUCGACCGCUGGCCGCCAUGGCGGACGAUGCUGAGCUGGAGAGGAAAGCAGUGGAAGAGCUAUUGAUAGAAGCUAAGCGUGGGAAAACUAGAGCAGAAACAAUGGGGCCCAUGGGCUGGAUGAAGUGCCCCCUUGCCAGUACAAAUAAAAGAUUUCUUAUUAAUACUAUUAAGAACACAUUGCACUCACCAAAAGAGCAAGAUCAAGAACAGAACCAUCAAGAAGAAAAUAAAGAUUCUGAGCCAAGUCAGAGCAGGGAAGAAACCAAACCAAAGAGACACAGACUGCAUCCUUACAAACCUAGUUUUCGGUCUAGGAGAAGAGUCAGCUACUCUCCUCCCAGGCACAGGCACAAGCACAAGCACAGGAACCAGAACACAAAGGACAAGGAUGAAAAGCGAUCCAGCAAAUAAUGGAAAAAAAGAUCAUGUAGAAGAAUAUAAUUAAGCUAUUAAGUGUGAGGAAAUGUUCAUUUAACUUUGACUUGAAAGUAUUGCUCAGUACAAAUAUCUGUUGUAACAGUUUAAAGUUGAGUCCUUAUGUACCUAAAGAAUGAUUCUGUGCUUCCUUUCUGUUACUAUGCCACCCCAAAUUAAAUUUUGAUGAUUGUGAA